CUUCGCUGCCGUCUCCCAGCUCCCUGCCGCUUCUUCUUUGCAACAGCGCCGCCUCCUCCUCCUCCUCCCGGCACCACCGAACCCACCACCCCGCCCAGAAGCCCCGGGCCGGGUCCGCGGGCUCGCAGAGACCCCGCGGCGAGCGACGCGCGGACACGCAGGGCGGGUGGGGACCGGCCUCUGGAAGGAUUGAAAGGCUUCUCCUCAAGCCUCCCGCCAACGCCACUGCCACCGCGGCCGACUACGAGUGCGACCGCGCCUGGCUACGUGGCCCAAGAUGGCGGGGGCAUCGGUUAAAGUGGCCGUGCGGGUGCGGCCGUUUAACAACCGGGAGACGAGCCGCGACUCCAAGUGCAUCAUCCAGAUGAUUGGAAAAACCACGACCAUUCUCAAUCCCAAGCAGCCCAAAGAGCCACCAAAGACUUUCAGCUUCGACUACUCGUACUGGUCUCACACCACGCCGGACGACUCGCACUUCGCGUCGCAGGAGCAGGUGUACAAUGACAUCGGGGAGGAGAUGUUGGAGCAUGCCUUCGAGGGGUACAAUGUGUGCAUCUUCGCAUAUGGGCAGACGGGCGCCGGGAAGUCCUACACCAUGAUGGGCAAGCAGGAGAAGGGGCAGGAGGGCAUCAUCCCGCAGCUCUGUGAAGACCUCUUCCUCCGCAUUAACGACAAUGGGAACACGGACAUGGCCUACUCUGUGGAGGUGAGCUACAUGGAGAUCUAUUGCGAGCGCGUGCGCGACCUGCUCAACCCCAAGAACAAGGGCAACCUGCGCGUGCGGGAACACCCGCUGCUCGGGCCCUAUGUGGAGGACCUGUCAAAGCUGGCCGUCACCUCCUACACGGACAUUGCUGACCUCAUGGACUCCGGCAACAAGGCCAGAACUGUCGCCGCCACCAACAUGAACGAGACCAGCAGCCGUUCGCACGCCGUCUUCACCAUCAUCUUCACGCAGAAGCGGCACGACGUGGAGACCGACCUGUGCACCGAGAAGGUCAGCAAGAUCAGCCUGGUGGACCUGGCCGGGAGUGAGCGGGCCGACUCCACGGGAGCCAAGGGCACUCGGCUCAAGGAAGGCGCUAACAUUAACAAGUCUCUCACCACGCUGGGCAAGGUGAUCUCCGCCCUGGCCGAAGUGGAUUCUGGACCAAUCAAGCAAAGCAAGAAAAAGAAAAAGAUGGACUUCAUCCCUUACCGGGACUCAGUGCUCACCUGGCUUUUGAGAGAGAACCUGGGAGGGAAUUCCCGCACGGCCAUGGUGGCAGCGCUCAGCCCGGCCGACAUCAACUACGACGAGACGCUCAGCACGCUGAGGUACGCAGACCGAGCCAAGCAGAUCAAGUGCAACGCGGUGAUCAACGAGGAUCCAAACGCGCGACUCAUCCGCGAGCUCAAGGAGGAGGUGGCACGGCUCAAGGAGCUGCUGCUGUCCCAGGGCCUAGGCGACAUCGUCGACCCUGUUGUAUACCGUAACAGUUCGCAAACUCCAUUCGUUGGAUUCCAUUCCGUUGACCCCGAGUGCGCGUACAUCGGAAGCGGACCCAAAUACAUGAAAGACGUUGAGAACAAUAACACCGAGGGGCAGGUGGCGGGCGACGCGGGCGACGCUAGCGCCACCGACAGUGACCGCCCUGAUGCUCUCUCCCCAGCCACGACUGCCCUCGCCUCCUUGGCCGCCUCCACCAAUUCCCCGCUCAUGCUGUGCGGGCAGUUGGGCAUCGGCGGGCCCGGCCUCAUCAACAUCGCCAACGCCGCCGCGGUGACGGCCGCCACCCUGCAGGAGCGCAUCAUGUCGGCGCCGGGCAGCGAGGAGGCCAUCGAGAGGCUAAAGGAAACGGAGAAGAUAAUCGCUGAGCUGAACGUGACUUGGGAAGAGAAACUAAAACGGACGGAGGCGAUCAAGAGCGAGAGAGAGGCCCUGCUGGCGGAGAUGGGGGUGGCUAUCCGCGAGGACGGUGGCACGCUCGGAGUCUUCUCUCCCAAGAAGACCCCACAUCUUGUCAACCUUAACGAGGACCCGCUGAUGUCUGAGUGCCUCCUGUACUACAUUAAAGACGGGAUCACAAGGGUGGGCCGCGACAGUGCCGAGAACCGGCAGGACAUCGUGCUGAGCGGGCCCAAUAUCCGCGAGGAGCACUGCAUCUUCCGCAGCGAGACCAAGAUCACGGGUGAAGUGGUGGUGACGAUGGAGCCGUAUGAGGGGGCGGAGACGUACGUCAAUGGGAAGAAUGUCACUGAGCCCAUGGUGCUGCGCUCGGGAACUCGGCUGAUCUUGGGGAAGAGCCACGUGUUCCGCUUCAACCACCCGGAGCAGGCACGCGCCGAGAGGGAGCGCACCCCUUCGGCCGAGACGCCGUGUGAGCCCGUCGAUUGGUCGUUUGCCCAGCGCGAGCUCCUGGAGAAGCAGGGCAUCGACAUGAAGCAGGAGAUGGAGAAGCGGCUGCAGGAGAUGGAGCUUCAGUACAAGCGGGAGAAGGAGGAGGCUGAUCUUCUCUUGGAGCAGCAAAGACUUGAAUACGAGAACCGCCUGCUCGCACUGCAGCGGCAGGUGGACACCCACCUGACCGGGGAUCCGCACGUCGACGACGAGGACGACGAUGACGCGGAGGACGAGGCUCAAUGGACGGAGGGCGAGUUCAACUUGGCGCUGUGGGCCUUCCGCAAGUGGAAGUACCACCAGUUCACAUCCCUGCGCGACCAACUCUGGGGAAACGCCAUCUUCCUCAAGGAGGCCAACGCGAUCAGCGUGGAGUUGAGGAAGAGGGUGCAGUUCCAGUUCGUGCUGCUGACCGACACGGCCUACUCGCCACUGCCCUCCGAGCUGCUGUCUCCGGAGGCGGCGCGCCAGCGUGACCGCGACGACGCCGGCGACCGCCCAUUCCCCCGCACCGUGGUGGCCGUGGAGGUGCAGGACUUGAAGAACGGAGCGACGCACUACUGGAGCCUCGACAAGCUCCGGCAGCGGCUGGGCACGAUGCGGGAGAUGUACGACCGCGCCGGGGAGAUAUCGUCCAACGCGUCCGAGGAUGGGGAACCCGGCAUGACGGGCCACGACCCCUUCUACGACCGCUUUCCCUGGUUCCGGCUCGUCGGCAGUUCGCCGCUCUUCAGCACGUGUGUGAGCGAGCGGCUGGCCGACCUCACGCCGUCGCCCACCUUCUCGCUGGGCGGGGAGUCCGACAUCACGGAGCUAGCCGACGAGCAGGAGGGCGGCGGUGGCGGCCGCGGCGCCGGUCGCGCCGGCCGCGCCGGCCGCGGCAGCUCCGACUGCGACGGGGACGCUCGCGGCCGCAGGAUCGACGACGACGACGAAGACGAGGAGGCGCUGGAGCUGCUGGACGACGAGGCGUUCGUGGACGACGAGACGACGGGCUCGGAGGCCAGCUCGCUGGACGACGGGCCGCUCGACGGGCCGUCGGGGGCCGCCGGCUCGGGCCUGCUGCACGGGGAGCUCGACCCAUUCUACGACCGAUCGCCGUGGUUCAGCCUCCUCGGGAGGGCGUUCGUGUACCUGAGCAACCUGCUUUACCCCGUGCCGCUGGUGCACACCGCCGCCGUGGCUAACGAGCGCGGGGAGGUGAAGGGGUUCCUGCGCGUCGCCGUGCAGGCUAUCACAGCGGACGACGAAGCUCCAGAUUACGGCUCCGGUGUGCGGCAGUCAGGCACGGCCAAGAUAUCGUUUGACGACCAAUAUUUCCGCAAGGGCGACCGCGAGGCCUUCCUGCAGGAGGAGCUGCCGGCGGAGGUGGGCGCCUCGCAGGAGGAGCUGCGUGUGGUGGAGGGGCAGGGUCCCCCGAUGGACACCGACUCCCUGGACGAGGAGGAAAACAACAACAACAACGUCGCCAGCAGCCAGUCCGAGUCGGGCAGUGAGCUGGGCAGCCCCGCCCGGGUGCUACGUGGGGCGCUGGCGGAGCGCGCCGGCGAGCACCUGGCGCUGGGCAGCACCUUCACGUUCCGCGUGACGGUGCUGCAGGCCUCGGGCAUCCCGCCCGAGUACGCCGACAUCUUCUGCCAGUUCAACUUCCUGCACUGCCACGACGAGGCGUUCUCCACAGAGCCCCUCAAGAACUCGGGACGAGGCCUGCCGCCUCUCGCCUUCUACCACGUCCAGAAUAUUGCCGUGGAAGUGACCAAGUCGUUUGUGGAGUACAUCAAGAGCCAGCCGAUCGUGUUUGAGGUGUUCGGUCACUACCAGCAACACCCCCUGCACAACCAGAGCGGGGAGCUGAGCAGCCCCAUCCCGCCUUCCCGCCGCAACUUCCCGCCGGCAAUGCCGCUCUCCAAACCAGAUCACGACAGAAAGAUAGAGCUCGUUAAGUGUCUGGUUUCCGGCUGCGUGAGCUCGUGCGUGCUGGGCGCUUUCUCGGCUCACGUCGCCGUGUCCGCCGCCGCCCGGCUGCUGGACAGCUUGGAGCCGGCGCUGCCCACGGCGCCGGCACCAGCGGUGGGCCCCGGUCCUCCGGCCGCCGCCCCGAAGCGUCCCCUGUGCGGCCCUCGCCGGCGCCGCGGCCGCCCACCGCUAAUGCUGCUGCUAGCCCCGCCGGUCAUCCUGCAGCGCCAUGUGCCGGCCACCAAGCUAAACACGGUGAGCAAGCCCAACACGGGCCAGUGCCACUGCAAGUACGACCUGCUGCUGUGGGUGGAGAUCUCGGAGCUGGAGCCGACUGGGGAGUACAUCCCCGCAUUGGUGGACCACAGCAGUGGGAUCCCCUGCCAUGGAGUCUACCUGCUCCACCAGGGCAUCCAGAGGCGCAUCGUGGUGACCAUCAUCCACGAGACGGAGAGUGAGGUGCAGUGGAAGGAGGUGCGCGAGCUCGUCGUCGGUCGUAUCCGCACGUCGCCCGAGUUCGAGGAGAGCGCCGCCAUAGACCCCGGGAUUCUGUCCCUGAACAUCCUCUCCUCCCAGUACAUCUCCCCCGCUGGGGACGACAGGCAAUGUCUUGAUUCCGACAUGCCUAGGACGUUCUUUCGCUUCGAGGCCGUGUGGGACAGCUCGCUGCACAACUCGCUGCAGCUGAACCGUGUCACUCCCUAUGGGGAGAAGAUCUACAUGACCCUGUCAGCCUAUCUGGAGAUGGAAAACUGCUCGCAGCCGGCUGUGAUCACGAAGGACUUCUGCAUGGUGUUCUACGCCCGUGAUGCCAAGAUCACACCACCACGCUCCCUGCGCAGCCUCUUCGGCAGUGGGUACAGCCGCUCGCCUGACUGUAACCGAGUCACUGGGCUGUACGAGCUGAGCCUCUGCAGACAGGCUGACAAUGGCAGCCCAGGCAUGCAGAGGCGGAGGCGGCGCGUGCUGGACACGUCGGUGGCAUACGUGCGCGGGGAGGAGAACCUCUCGGGCUGGAGGCCGCGGAGCGACAGCCUCAUCCUGGACCACCAGUGGGAGCUGCAGCGCCUGAGCCACCUGGAGGAGGUGGAGAAGACGCGCCACUUCCUGCUGCUGCGCGAGCGCCUGGAGGGCGGCGCCCACAAGCCUCAGGCGGCGGCGGGGGGCGCCGUGGCGGCCGGUGGCUGCGACUCGUUCCUGUCGUCGUCUUCGUCCCCCCUCUCGGCCUCAGCCGGGAUGAUGAGCUCGUCCACCAGCUGCUCGUCGCACAUCUCGUCGUCGGCCGAGGAGGCCGCCACGCCCUCGCUGGACACGCCCACGCCCAGCGAGAGCAGCGGCUACGCCUCGCCGCUAACGCAGACGCUGCUGGAGCGCGAGAAGCAGCUCGCCGCCAAGUGUCUGCGAAUUCUGACCCACACCUUCAACCGAGAGUUCAGCCAGGUGUUCAACAGUGUCAGUGAUAACAAGCUGUCGGAGACGGCGUCCACCCUCACGCGGGACCUCUCCAUCUCGGACAUCAGCAGCACGACCAUCACCCCCUCCUCCACCUGCCCUUCCCUAGCCGACACGCGCUACAGCUCCAUGGACCAGCGGACCCCAGAAGCAGUGUCGCGCACGCCCAGCCCGUCCCCGGACACCGAGGUGGCUCCCAGCCUCGUGUUGCCGGCCCCACACCGCGUCGGUCGCUCCCCCAGCAAGCCGAACCUCGACAAGACCAUCGCCAAGUUUGUGCCGGACAUCGAGGAGAUACGAGCCAGUCCCGUCGUGUCCAAGAAGGGCUACCUGCACUUCCUGGAGCCGCAGACCAACUCGUGGCUGAAGCGCUUUGUGGCCGUGCGCCGGCCCUACGCCUACAUCUACAACAGCGACAAGGACCCCGUGGAGAGGGGCGUCCUCAACCUGUCCAACGCGCAGGUGGAGUACAGCGAGGACCAGCAGGCCAUGCUCAAGACGGCGAACACAUUUGCGGUGUGCACGCAGCAUCGCGGCCUGCUACUGCAGGCGUGCAACGACAAGGAGAUGCAGGACUGGCUCUACGCCUUCAACCCGCUCCUGGCCGGCACCAUCCGAUCCAAGCAGUCAAGAGGCCAAGGGCUCCAGCUGAGACUCUGAGUUGCGACCGAACGACGGGAAAAACAAAUGGAGAAAAAACUCAGUCUGCCGACCACCAUUCCUACCACUCCGCACUAAACUCGGAUCACUUUAUUUUCUAUUUAUUUGUUCUUUUGCAGCAAAGUCAUUUGCUUGCGGUCAGUGUAUAAAAGCCCACUUCGGAAGUCUGGUCGUUUAUGCAGACUGUGUUUGUAUAUAGCAAAUUGUAAUCGUUUUAAAUUUUCAUGUAUUUAUUUGAUUUAUCCUCCUUUUGGCUGUGGUCCCUUAGCGCCUUCCCCGCUGUGUCCCUUUACCCCGGACUCCCUUUGACCGUGCGCGCUCGGCUGUGGGAUUUGAAACCGGACGCUUUGCUCUCGACCCCGCCGUGUUCUGUUCCGUGCCCCCGUGUCGCCUCCACGCGUGACGUUCUCUGCUUGUGGUGUCACACUCUGCUGGAGUGAGCAGCUGUAAGGUAAUACUUGUAACAGGGGCUGCUCUCCCCCAUCACGCUUACCAACGCACCUCUCGCAGACUUCUGCACGGAGAGGUUCUCGGGCCGCAGCAGUCGCGAGGUCUCAAUUCUGGCUCCGAGACUUGGGCUUGGGCCGCAGCGUCGUUGCUGCCGCUGAGUUCUGAUGCGUCCAACCAUUCCCCUAAAGUGGAAACCUUCAGAAUAUAUGAAAUCAUGACGUGUGACGUGCACCAUUGAUCUGUUGUAGAGAUUCGAGCUUCCUGGAAGGAGCUGAAUCACACACGGAUGGGGGGGGGGGGGGUGCCGGUCGCCUGAUGGCUUCAUGUUAUUAAAAACGCAACGUGCGGAUAUCGCACAGCUACGUCUAACGUUCCGCGACCACCACCUGCCUAUUAUCAUUCCUGGAAGCUGAAAUAUACAGUAUCACAGUAUCAUGCGUAGUCGACCUGUAUCACUCCACAAAGUAUUAGACUAAAAUACGGAUAAUAAACAACUUAGCUUUAAAUUGCGCUAUUAAUACACUUACAGCUUUGUGGGUGAUAUUUUGUAAAGCUGUAUUACCUUCUGAUAAGAUGACAUGUUGAUAACAUUUAAAAACCUGCUAUACAGAUUCUGGGGCUCCACAGACAUAUAAUGCAGGUUCCCAGAUGCUGCGCCAUUCUCUAGGGAUGGGUCGGGAGGAUCUCCAAUGGCUCUUCAGUUCACCUUAUCAUCACAGCCAAACUCUGCACAUUGCAGAAUCUCCGUAGCUACGUAUAACUGGCUACCAUCAUGCACAUUUUUAUAUUGGUUUAAAUGUUGUGUUUUAUGCUUGUUUAUUGUGUUAAGAAAAUUACUGUACUUAUUCAUAACUGGUAGUUGUGUAUUGAGAUGUUAUUUAUGCAAAGAGGAGAGCUGCUUUACUGUAGGGGUGGGGCAGGGAAGGCAUCUGUGAAAUCGUGUAAUUUAUAUCUCAGGCUGGCAAUGGUAAUUGCCUCUCGCUGCCCACUGCACUGGCUUGCUGGUAAAAUGUCACAGGGUUAACACCGGCCUAAAACACAAGUCUGCAUCUUCGCAGCGUAUCGAUGUUGACGCUAUAUCCGAAUAAAUAUGAACGGAGUUGAUGGCUGUGCCAUGGCCCAGCGUGUGCUUUAGGCCACAAUACCUCCAGUGCAUGGCACACACACACACACGAGUCUCUGCUUGUGUGCAUUGGCUGACAUUAGCCAAGGCGCUUGUCACCGUGUCUAGGUAUAGGUCAUGUCUUGGGCCAAUCAACCUUUAGUGCAUGACUUUUACGCGUGUUUGUGAAUUUGUUGUUAAAGGGAAACCGAAACCCAUGGAUAAAAGCAACUGAAAUGCAUGUACAGCAUCAUCCGGCUUAGGAAGAACAUGUGCAAGUUAUUGUGGUGGUAAAUGUUGAAGGCACCUGCAGUAAUGUUGGAGUAAACUUGGAAACCUUCGUACACACACGCGUGCUGCUGCGUUCUAACCCUGCGAUGUGGUAUAACGAAGGGUGUGAUCGCAGCUGAUUUACUCUGCAGGCAAAUCGAUCAGAACUUUCACUUGGCGCCUCAUCGAGCCCCGGAAGCAAGCAAAGAGGAGACUCAUCUGGCAGUCUGAUAAGUUCUGUGGAUCGGCAGCGCUCCGAGCGACGCACUGUUCGAUCUGGGACUCGACGGACCGCAACGCGAGUGCAACGUUUAACUUCUACACCCCUCGCCCUUUAGGUUCGGCAGUUUCACUCGAGUCUAUCUGUGCUUAAGUCACAACCGGGGAGUUCCGUUUGGGGGGGAGGGGGGAUGCCUUAACGAUUGCUGCACAGGGCCCUGCACAUCCACGGCGGCGAGCUGAAGUGCGUCCAAUUGUAAUCAUAUCUGUAUUCACGUGUUUGAGAAUAUGUAGCACUUUUUACAUUUCAGGUAAGCCCUGAUGUUAUUCCAUUAUUUACGUAACGAUUCGGACAUAUCCACAUUGCGCCAGGUUCACACGCUCUCCGGCUGAACUCGUGUCCUCGUGUGUACAUAAAUGAAUAUCAAGAAUGCCUGUUGUGUGUGGUUGUCGAGCUUUUGGGUGAGGGUGUGCGCACCGCAGGUGGCUUAGGUCGAGAAGGUGCAGCAGCAGCAUUGCUCUGCUGCCUCCGUGCUGCUUGCUCAGAUGUGAAGUGAUGUAGUCGUAUCCCAUGCAGUAGGUAGUAGCCAUUUGGUUAAAACACACUCGGCCCCAUUUCCUCCCUCGCCAGAGUGGGGGGGGGGGAUAAUGGAAACCCGUGCAAAGUUGACAGUGGUGUGGCCGUAACUUGGUUUUAUUUUCCGUGUUCUUCCUUGGUUUAACCUUACGUUAUUUUUAUUUGUGCUUCCAAAAAAAUGCUUAUGCAGCACCACUGAUAUUUAGAUGGAUGUGAACGUCAUUAGGAGUUGAUGGGUGGGUGGUAGCCUGGAGUGGCUCGUGUCCAGCAGUAACCGCAGCAGCAGCAGCAGCACCUGUCCUUUCUGCCGCCUCACCUGGUGUCUGUAUAGCCAGUCCGUGUGUUGUACGCUGUCUUGUAGUGACGGAUACUGACCUUGUCACAUGACCUUGUCACCAAACUUAAAAAAGUCAUGUGCUGGAAAUGAUCAGCGAGAAAAUAAACCUUGUGGUUCUUGUGUAACGCAGAA